AUGCAAACUCUUUCCCAUCUCUCACAUUUGCCAAAACAACAAGAUGAUAAAACUGAAGAGGAAGAAGACAAUUCCGAAAAUAUAUUAAAUAAAACAAAAAAUUCCAAUGGUAAACGAAGUGAUGCUCAAAACAAUAAAAAUUCAAUAAUGGGAAAAUCUAAAGACAGAAUGAAUAGCAGAAAAAAUCUCAAACUACUUUCAACUAAAAGGAAGAAAGACUUUAAAGAUGAAACUGAAAAAUUAAAUGAUCCAAAAAGUAUAACAUCGCAAUCUAAUAAGGAACCGAAAAGACGAAAUAUUCUCGAACAAAUGGACCAAAAUUUGAAUAUUUUUACGCCCAAUAUCUCUUCCAAAGAACAAGAAAAUCCUUUACUCCUUCAGUCUAGGAUGCUAAAAGCAAUGCAUAUAUUACACAUUGAUCAUUUGGAAAUGUCUCGACAGUUAAGAGACAUGCAGUCAAUGUUAGUAGCAAAUGGGUCCAAUAUCAAUCUGCCUUCUACUGUUGCGGAGAAAUAUAAAUUGGAAUUGCCAUUUUCAACAUUGGAAGAAUUUCACGCAAUGGAAGAAAAAUUGAAGUCCGAUAAAAUAUUUAGGCAAGAGUUUGGUAAACAAAACAUCACUGAUACCGAUGAUGAAAAUAAAAAAAAGGAGAUAUCUGCCCCAAUCACUGAGGACAAAACCGACAAAACUCCAAAUGACAAGGGAGAUAAUCAGCAGAAUAAACAAAACCUCACUGAUUUUAAUGAUGGAGAUGAUGCGGAGGAGACAGCAUCUGUAUUAUCGACUGGGGACAAAUCUCCAAACGGCAAAAAGGAUAGUCAGCAGAAUAAAGAAAACCUCACUGAUUUUAAUGAUGGAGAUGAUGCAGAGGAGACAGCAUCUGCAUUAUCGACUGGGGACAAAUCUCCAAACGGCAAAAAUAAUAGUCAGCAGGGAAGAAACAUGGAGAGGUACGGUAGAAGCAGGAGUGGUGGGAAAACUAAAAUUGCAAGAGCUGCUGCGUUUAAUCUUAUGAAGAAAGACAAAAAGAAGAAAAAAAAAGAUGGAAAGAAGAUCAGAGAGGAACAGUCCGGAAGAUCGAGAGAAAUGAAACGAAAAGAAGAAGGUGGAACGAAUGAUCUGAGAGAUAAGAAGAAGACAAAAGAAGAAAGCAAGAUCAUUAUAAUUAAUAAAGGCGGACAUAUUUAUUUCGAUAAAUAA